GACAUAGUUCGGCAAUUGGCAUAUUCAGUCAGUUUGCGUACAGAAAGAGGGAAAAGGCCUGAAGUUCGCCUGCUGCGAUCCCCGUUAGUCUGACCAACUGCGCCAAGGAGAAGGGCCGAGAAGUAUCCAUUGUCAUUGAUUUGGCCGCAACCAACAGAAGCUUCAAGCAAUCAAAGAAGAAAACCAUAGAAAGCUAAAACAUAAUUCCUUCUACGCUUUCUCCUUCCCUUCCUUCCUCCCUCCGGCCUCGACGGCUGCUGUGUAGACGCCACUCUUUCGGCUGUAUAUAUCGAAGAGAGAGAGGGGCCGGAGAGAAAUUGAAAAGUGGGUUUUCAGCUUUGUGGAAGGUAGGAAAACGACCGGGAGGUAAGAUGGGGGAUGCCUCAGAUUCGAGGUCUUUGGAUCAGACAGUUGAGUCGUCUUCUUCUUACUCAUCUACCAUUUUCACGAAUUACCCGCUAAUCGCUGCAAUUGUCGCCUUCACAAUUGCGCAAUCUACCAAGUUCGUCACCUCCUGGUACAGGGAAAAACAAUGGGAUUUGAAGCUGCUCAUUGGAUCUGGUGGAAUGCCAUCGUCCCAUUCCGCGACUGUUUCUGCUCUCACCGUGGCCAUUGGGUUCCAGGAAGGCUUUGGAGGAUCGGUUUUCGCCGCUGCAUUGAUCUUAUCUUGCAUUGUGAUGUAUGAUGCAACUGGUGUAAGACUACACGCCGGACGCCAAGCUGAGGUUUUGAAUCAAAUUGUAUAUGAGCUGCCUGCUGAACAUCCUUUAGCCGAGAGCAGACCUCUACGCGAGCUUCUAGGUCACACUCCUGCUCAGGUAGUUGCUGGUUGUUUGCUUGGAGUUGUCACGGCAGUCAUUGGCCAUCUAAUCACAAUGACGACUAGUCGAAGCUGAUACAAGUCCCGGAAGAUAUUACAGUUUUCCCCUCGACACAUCAAAGAAGCUAAAGUUCAGCUCACAAGACAUGGGGUGUUGCGAUCUGCCCAACUGUCACCACAACUGGGUUCUUGAAAGCAUACUCACCCUUCUGUUGAAUCUGUUGUGUUCUUUCACUCUAGAUAGGGAUAUUCCAGACUUCAUACAUGUGAUUCGUUGCAGUAUAUUAUUGACAGGGGGUAAUAGAAAUCAUGAUGUCAUGUACCAAUGCACAAAACUGGCACAUAAUUUCUGUAUGUUUGACAUGAAAUUUUCAGAAAAAGGUGGUUUAGAUGUCAUAUUUGAAAAUGAAGAUUGUAUAUUUCAUAAAAAAAUGAAGAUUGUAUUUAAUUCUUGGAUUUGGAAAGUGAAGAAUUGGUGUUGGACUUGGACAUUUAUUUAUUCAAAAUUUUGGUU